AGACCAGCAAUGUGCACGACUUUUGCAUGUAUACUUCUUAUUGUUCAAUUUAAGUCCAUAACACUUUUAUGCAUCCGGGAAUGUUAUUGAUCCGGAGCAGAGCAGUCAGCAGAGUACUUGUUUGGCUAUUCAUAGCAUGGAUCCCCUUUGUCACAACAAUAGAUUAUUGCAGCGAAGUAAGGUGCAUUGAAGGCCAGCACACGAUGUGCACAUACUCCAGCGACAGUCCUGGGAGUGAAUGCGUCUCUCUCACGGGUCAAGGAGUCGACUCAAAACAGAUUGAAGAUCUACUUCAUGUUCAUAAUCGGUACAGGGACUAUCUGGCUGCCGGAAAGGAAACACGCACGCUCGGUGGUGCGAUGCCUGAGGCGGCAAAUAUGGGUGUGCUGACCUGGGACGAGGAAAUAGCUCGAAUCGCGCAGCGCUGGGCUCUUCAGUGCCACUUUGGUCACGAUGGGUGCCGAGAUCUUCCUAACAUGCAGGUGGGCCAGAACGUGGCCAUCGCUGGCAGCUCCGUCUCGGGACCGCCGAACAUGACCAGCCUCGCCGUGAUGUGGUACGAAAAGGAGGUCGGCAUGUUCGACGCCGGCGGCGUAGCCAGUUACCAGUUCUCCAUGCAAACCGGCCACUUCACCCAGUGGAUCUGGGCCACCUCGUACAAGAUCGGCUGCGGCUACGCCGGCUUCAAGAGUGGGAUGAUGAACAACAACUUUCUAGUCUGUAACUACGGUCCGGCCGGCAACGUGAUGCGCUGGCCCAUCUACCAGCAGGGAUCACCGUGUUCCGCCUGUCCGCGCGGAACGACGUGCGGCGGCGACAGCCGCUACCCGAACCUCUGCAAGGCAGAGGGCGACGAAGUGCCGGGAGGAGGCGGUCACUCUGCCUUCGGAGAGGGUCAGUACGAAAAGCUGAACUCAGGCUCGGUGCCGGGGCGCAGCGCGCUGCUGGCCGGUCUGUGCGGCGCUCUAGUCUUCUGUGCGUCUGCCCAACUGCUGCUGUGACACAGACAGCUAGUGUCUGCUCCCCGACGGACGGCUGUGUACCAUGCGUUAGCCUCCACCACUGCGCACCCUCUGGUGAUGGCGUGGGGAGGAUGUGAGCCAUGUGCAAGGUGACGCAUGUUUCCAUCCACAACGGGCAGGUGUGCGUGUUGAACAUGUUCCCGAGUGCUGCCGAUCGCCGCUGCUCCUGCAAAUAUGUUGAAUGAUCUGUGAAUAUAAGUGACUGGCUAAUCAAUAAUACAUGCCGUACAUACAACGA